AUUGUUUUACUUCGCCUUCUCGUCGCCAACUCAUCCAAGCAGAACUCGCGACGCCCAAACCCUCGCACCUCCUCGGCGGCGGCGGCGGCGUACGGACGGCAGAGCUGCCAUGGUGGCGGUGGCCACGGUGAGCUCCGCUAGCGGGCUCCUCGCGAUGCUGCAGGAGCCGGCGGCGGAGCUGAAGUUGCACGCGCUCGCCAGCCUCAACUCCGUCGUCCACCUCUUCUGGCCCGAGAUCUCUACCAGCGUCCCCGCCAUUGAGAGUUUGUAUGAAGAUGAGGAGUUCGAUCAGAGGCAGCUGGCAGCACUAGUUGUUUCUAAGGUAUUCUACUACCUGGGCGAGUUAAAUGAUUCAUUGUCGUACGCACUUGGUGCUGGACCCCUAUUUGAUGUUUCUGACGAUUCUGAUUAUGCCCAAGCUCUUUUAGCCAAAGCAUUAGAUGAGUAUGCUAGUAUCAAGACCAGAGUCUCUAAAGCUACAGAGGAGGAAGAGAAUGUCGAUCCUCGAUUAGAGGCCAUAGUGGAGAGGAUGCUUGAAAAGUGUAUCCUUGAUGGGAAAUAUCAGCAGGCCAUGGGCAUGUCUGUUGAAUGCAGGAGGCUGGAUAAGCUGGAGGAAGCAAUUGCUCGGUGCGAUAAUAUUCAAGGGGCUCUAUCGUAUUGUAUCAACCUUUCUCAUCAAUAUGUUAAUCACCGUGAAUAUCGCUUCGAGGUUCUCCGCUGUCUUGUUAAAAUAUACCAAACUUUACCAAAUCCAGAUUAUCUGAGCAUUUCCCAGUGUCUUAUGUUUUUGAGUGAGCCCGAAACUGUUGCAAGCAUAAUGGACAAGCUGCUUUCUGGAAGCAAGGAUGAUGCUCUCCUUGCGUAUCAAAUUGCUUUCGAUCUUGUUGAGAAUGAAAACCAGGCCUUCCUUUUGAACGUGAGGAAUCGUCUGGCUCCGCAGACCCCUGUGCCAUUUAACCCUGACAGUGGGUCAGCUUUACAAGAUAAUCAAACUGCUAGUGCGGGUACAGGCACAGAACCAACUGGAGAUGUUCAGAUGAGAGAUGACACAACUACACCGAAUGGAAGUGCUCACACUGUGGAUCCAAAUGAGGUAGCACAUACCGACAGGCUUGCAAAAAUUAAAGGAAUACUAUCAGGGGAGACUUCUAUUCAGCUGACGUUGCAAUUUCUAUAUAGCCACAAUAGGUCCGACCUUUUAAUUCUGAAAACAAUAAAGCAGGCUGUGGAAAUGAGGAACAGUGUUUGCCACAGUGCUACUAUUUGUGCCAAUGCAAUCAUGCAUGCAGGAACUACUGUUGAUACCUUCCUAAGAGAGAACCUGGAGUGGUUAAGCAGGGCAACCAAUUGGGCGAAAUUUAGUGCAACUGCUGGAUUAGGUGUCAUUCAUAGAGGCCACCUUCAACAAGGCCGGGCUUUGAUGGCCCCCUACCUGCCUCAAAGUGGUGCAGUUGGUGGUGGCAGUCCAUACUCAGAGGGUGGUGCCCUCUAUGCGCUAGGUUUGAUUCAUGCCAAUCAUGGUGAGGGAAUCAAACAGUUCCUCCGUGAAAGUCUUCGCAACACCAGUGCUGAGGUGAUUAUUGUUUCUUACUGUCUUUUGUCUCGUUAUUCAUUUCAUUUAUAUUUUGCUAACUCCAAACCAACACGCAUACAGGUCAUCCAGCAUGGUGCAUGUUUGGGACUUGGGCUUGCAGCUUUGGGCACAUCAGAUGAGGAGAUAUAUGAGGACAUAAAGAAUGUCCUUUACACAGACAGUGCUGUGGCUGGUGAGGCAGCUGGUAUUGGCAUGGGCUUGCUCAUGGUUGGGACCGCCAGCGAGAAGGCUAGUGAGAUGCUUGCUUAUGCACAUGAUACACAACAUGAAAAGAUUAUAAGGGGUUUGUCACUUGGUAUCGCCUUGACGGUAUAUGGCAGGGAAGAGGAAGCAGACACCUUGAUUGAACAAAUGACUAGAGACCAAGAUCCCAUAUUACGUUACGGUGGUAUGUACGCAUUGGCUCUAGCCUACAGGGGAACUGCAAACAACAAAGCCAUCCACCAGCUGCUGCAUUUUGCUGUAUCGGACGUCAGUGAUGAUGUUCGGCGGACUGCAGUUAUGGCUCUUGGAUUUGUUCUAUACAAUGAACCAGAGCAGACUCCAAGAAUUGUGUCCCUGCUCUCUGAAUCAUACAACCCACAUGUUCGUUAUGGUGCAGCCUUAGCUGUUGGGAUAUCAUGUGCAGGAACCGGAUUAAGUGAUGCAAUUUCCUUGUUGGAGCCUCUUACAUCAGAUGUUGUUGACUUCGUGCGCCAGGGAGCUCUCAUUGCCAUGGCAAUGGUAAUGAUACAGACUAAUGAAUCCUUUGAUUCUCGUGUUGGAACAUUCAGACGUCAAUUGGAAAAGAUCAUUCUUGACAAGCACGAGGAUGCCAUGAGCAAAAUGGGCGCCAUACUAGCUUCUGGUAUUCUCGAUGCUGGUGGUAGGAAUGUCACAAUCAAACUCCUCUCAAGGAACAAGCAUGACAAACUCACUGCUGUGGUUGGUCUUGCUGUUUUCAGUCAGUUCUGGUACUGGUAUCCUCUCCAAUAUUUCAUCAGCCUGGCCUUCUCGCCAACAGCCUUCAUUGGGCUCAACUCUGAUCUGAAAGUGCCGAAGUUCGAGUUUGUAUCACAUGCUAAACCAUCCCUGUUCGAAUAUCCCAAACCGACAACUCAGCAGACUACAACUUCAGUGCUGAAACUACCAACGGCCAUUUUGUCAACUUAUGCCAAGGCAAAAUCUAGGGCAAAGAAGGAGGCAGAAAGCAAAGCUAACCAGGAGAAGACCAUGGAAGAGGCUUCUGGUUCUACUUCAGGCAAGGCAGCUAAAACUCAGGAGAAGGAUGCCGAUGCAAUGCAGGUUGAUAAUGCAUUGGAGAAGAAGGCUCCUGAACCAGAACCAACCUUCCAGCUCCUGACGAACCCAGCUCGUGUGAUCCCUGCCCAGGAGAAGUUCAUCAAGUUCAUCGAAGGCGGCCGAUAUGUCCCUGUGAAACCCGCUCCUUCUGGAUUCAUCCUCCUCCGAGACCUGCAGCCCACCGAGGCUGAGGUCCUCGCACUGACCGAUGCCCCGUCGACAGUAGCAGCAAGCACCGGCAACACAGCAGCUGCUGCGGGCCAACAGGGGUCAGGAUCAUCUGCCAUGGUCGUCGACGACGAGCCGCAGCCACCUCAACCCUUUGAGUACACCUCGUGAGCGUAGAUUCAUGGGUGCAUAGAGGGUUGUUUUGUGGUCAGAACUUACAAAUCCCUUCGUCACCGCUAUACCUUGCUUAAUUUAUUCUUUAUUGAGUAUGUAGUGUGCGGAAAUUUUGUUGUUGGUUGGAGAACUUAUAGUUAUAGGACGGACGUUUGGAAUCUGGGAUAUCGCCUGGGUCAAGCACGGCCUGCUUUCGUUUCCAUGUGAUGUAAUAUGCUCAAGUGUUGGCGUCCUCGAACACGCUUUUACCACGGUUUUUAUCUAUGUUGCAAUGCUGAUAUUGCACCGUUUUUUAA